GGGAGUCCUGGAGGAAGAUGCGCGGAGCUGGCGGCGAGGCCGGGCACGGGAGGCAGCGGGGUGGGGAUCUGGGGUGGGCUGCGCCCUGCAGCUCCAAUUCAUUCCACACCCCGCGCAAAGCAGCCGCUCUCAGCUGAAAUCACUCCCCUUUCAGGAGGAGGGAAGGGAAAUCAAGGUACCUAGCCCCUUUCUGCUUAAAAAAAGCGAAAGGAGAUCUGGGCAGCUUUGCGGCCACUCCCGCCCCACUCCUGGACCAUGCACCUCUGCGUCUCCCCGCUCAGCCACAGGCGAGGACUCAAUUUCUUGAGCUGAGAGCUAAAACUUGGUGACUUUUCUUCUCCCCAACAACCGAAUCAUGCCAUGUGUCCAGAGGAGCUGGCUUGCAAACCUUUUGGUGGUGGCUCAGCUCCUGAACUUUGGGGGCCUGUGCUAUGGGGAACCCCCUCAGCCGGGCCAGGUGCGCUUCCCGGACAGGAGGCAAGAGCAUGUCAUCAAGGGCCUGCCAGAAUACCAUGUGGUGGCUCCUGUCCGCGUCGAUGCAAGUGGGCACUUUCUGUCAUAUGGCUUGCACCACCCCUUCACCAGCAGCAGGAGGAAGAGAGACUUGGGUGGCCCAGAGGACCGGGUGUACUAUAGGAUUUCACACGAGGAGAAGGACCUGCUUUUUAACUUGACAGUCAAUCAGGGACUUCUUUCCAGAAGCUACAUUGUGGAGAGGAGAUAUGGGAACCUCUCCCAUAUUAAGAUGGUGGCUUCCUCGGCGCCCCCCUGCCAUCUCAAGGGCACGGUUCUGCAGCAGGGCACCAGAAUCGGGACUGCAGCCCUCAGUUCCUGCCACGGACUGACUGGAUUUUUCCGUCUACCGCACGGAGACUUUUUUAUUGAGCCUGUCAAAAAGCAUCCCCUGGUUGAGGGAGAGUACCACCCACACGUCGUUUACAAGAAGCAGAGGCAGAGAGUCCCGGACCUGAAGGAGCCAACCUGCGGAUUAAAGGACAGUCUCGGCACCUCCCAGAAGCUGGAGCUACAGAGGGAGAAAUGGGAGAGAAACAACUUGCCAAGCCGAAGCCUCUCCAGGCGGUCCAUCAGCAAAGAGAGGUGGGUGGAGACGCUGGUGGUGGCUGACACGAAGAUGGUCGAAUACCAUGGGGGCGAGAAUGUGGAGUCCUAUAUCCUCACCAUCAUGAACAUGGUCACAGGGCUGUUCCACAGCCCAAGCAUUGGCAAUGCCAUUCACAUUGUCGUGGUGCGGCUCAUUCUACUUGAAGAAGAAGAGCAAGGAUUGAAAAUAGUUCACCAUGCAGAGAAGACACUGUCCAGCUUCUGUAAGUGGCAGAAGAGCAUCAAUCCCAAGAGUGACCUCAACCCUGCCCAUCAUGAUGUGGCCGUCCUUCUCACCAGAAAAGACAUCUGCGCUGGUGUCAACCGCCCCUGUGAGACCCUGGGUCUGUCUCACUUGUCAGGAAUGUGCCAGCCUCACCGAAGCUGUAACAUCAAUGAAGACUCAGGCCUUCCUCUGGCUUUCACCAUUGCCCACGAGCUUGGACACAGCUUCGGCAUCCAGCACGACGGGAAGGAGAACGACUGUGAGCCCGUGGGCAGGCACCCGUACAUCAUGUCGCGCCAGCUCCAAUACAAUCCCACCCCGCUGACGUGGUCCAAGUGCAGCAAGGAGUAUGUCACCCGCUUCCUGGACCGAGGAUUGGGGUUCUGUCUUGAUGACGUCCCCCAGAAGAAAGGCUUGAAGUCCAAGGUCAUUGCCCCUGGAGUGAUCUAUGAUGUUCACCACCAAUGCCAGCUGCAGUAUGGCCCCAAUGCCACCUUCUGCCAGGAAGUAGAAAAUGUUUGCCAGACACUGUGGUGCUCGGUGAAGGGCUUUUGUCGAUCAAAGCUGGAUGCUGCUGCAGAUGGAACACGAUGUGGCGAGAAGAAGUGGUGUAUGGCUGGCAAGUGCAUCACGGUGGGAAAGAAACCAGAGAGCAUUCCCGGAGGCUGGGGCCGCUGGUCUCCCUGGUCCCACUGCUCCAGGACCUGUGGGGCCGGAGCCCAGAGUGCAGAGAGGCUCUGCAACAACCCCGAACCAAAGUUUGGCGGGAAGUACUGCACGGGGGAAAGAAAGCGCUAUCGCUUGUGCAACGUCCACGCCUGCCCCCCGGGCACACCAACGUUUCGGCAGAUGCAGUGCAGCGAGUUCGACACUGUUCCCUACAAGAAUGAAUUCUACCACUGGUUUCCAGUUUUUAAUCCAGCACAUCCUUGCGAGCUCUACUGCCGACCCAUAGAUGGCCAGUUUUCCGAAAAAAUGCUGGAUGCUGUCAUUGAUGGUACCCCUUGCUUCGAAGGUGGCAACAGCAGAAAUGUCUGUAUUAAUGGCAUGUGUAAGAUGGUCGGCUGUGACUAUGAGAUCGAUUCCAGCGCCACGGAGGAUCGCUGUGGCGUGUGCCUCGGGGAUGGCUCUGCCUGCCAGACCGUGAGGAAGAUGUUUAAGCAGAAAGAAGGAUCUGGUUAUGUUGACAUCGGACUGAUUCCAAAAGGAGCAAGGGACAUACGGGUAAUGGAGGUGAAAGGAGCUGGAAACUUUCUAGCCAUCAGGAGUGAAGACCCUGAAAAAUAUUACCUCAAUGGAGGAUUUAUUAUCCAAUGGAAUGGCAACUACAAACUGGCAGGAACUGUCUUCCAGUAUGACAGGAAAGGAGACCUGGAGAAACUGAUGGCCGCGGGUCCCACCAAUGAGUCAGUGUGGAUCCAGCUUCUAUUCCAGGUGACUAACCCUGGUAUCAAGUAUGAGUACACCAUCAGGAAAGAUGGCCUUGACAAUGAUGUGGAGAAGCUGGUGUACUUCUGGCAGUAUGGCCGCUGGACAGAAUGCAGUGUAACAUGUGGAACAGAAAUCUAUGCAAAAAACCAACAACACGAUAUUAUAAAUUGGGCUAACUGUCACAAAACCAGCUUCUUCUCCACACCCCACCUUUCAAAGGUAAAGAGGACCCUCAGAGAAUACCCGUUCUCUUCAUUUUCUGUCUCGCAGCCACAUUUGCUUUCACUCCUGCCCUAUCUGUGGGGAGUGACUUUGGGGUGCACUCAUCCUGGUGCUAAUCCAUCUCACUGUGUCCACUGUAAUUUUCAGGAUCUCCUUAUGCCAGGUGCUCUGCCAGGCCCUAGAGCUGUGAUUGAACAUGCAGAGCACCCUCUAAUGGGCUGGGGCAUCUCCAAGGACCUCUUGACUCUGUAUGCUGUACCUCUUCUCAGUGAUGGAAUUGAAUAUGUCUAUCUAUAUAUGGUGAUGAUCUUCCCUCACUUGUCCAUGUGUGUCUGCAGGUGGUGGGCAGGGGAGUGGGAAGUGUGUUCGGCGACUUGCGGGCCCCACGGAGAGAAGAAGCGAACGGUGCUGUGCAUCCAGACCGUGGGCGCUGACGAGCAGGCUCUGCCCGCUAAAGACUGCCAGCACCUGCUGAAGCCCAAGGCCCUCAUUUCCUGCAACAGAGACAUCUUGUGUCCAUCAGACUGGACAGUCGGCAAUUGGAGUGAGUGUUCUGUUUCCUGUGGCGGCGGAGUGCGGAUUCGCAGUGUCACAUGUGCCAAGAACAAUGAUGAGCCUUGCGACUUGACAAGGAAACCCAACAGCCGAGCUCUGUGUGGCCUCCGGCAAUGCCCGUCCAGCCGGAGAGUUCUGAAACCCAACAAAGGCACAAUUUUCAAUGGGAAAAAACUACCAACAUCUGAGCAAGACCCCUUAAAGCCCGUCCCUUCAAUGACAUCGAAUCCCAGAAUGCUGACCACAGCCACAGUGCCUGAGUCCGUGAGCACGAGUUCUCUGGCAGUCACUAGCCCUAGUCCUACCACAGCCUCCAAAGAGGGAGACCUGGGUAGGAAACAGUGGCAGAAUGGUUCAACCCAGACUGAGCUGGACUCCCAUUAUGUCGCUUCCCCUGGAAGUACGUCCCAGCCCAUCCUCACUUCCUGGUCUCUGAGUGUCCAGUCAAAUGAAGAGAAUGUUUCCAAUUCAGACCCUGGCCCUAACUCAGAUGGUGACCUUUCAGCCACAACAACGAGUGGUUCUGAUUUGUCACCUUCUAGCAACCCUGUGACUUGGCAGGUGACUCCAUUUUACAAUACCUUGACUAAAGAACCAGAAACAGAGAUUCAUAGUGGCUCAGGGGAAAACAGUGAACAGCCUGACAACAAAAAUGAAAAUAGCUCUAUAGCAUGGACCAAGAUCGGAGUACCUGGAAAUGAUGCUUCAGUGGAAAGAAGUACAGAAAUGCCACUGGGACCUCCACCUUCACCUUAUCUUUCGGGGGCAUCCUUGUGGUCACCUUUCAGCACGGUGACAGAAGGACUGCUACCCAGCCAAGGGCCUACUACUCUCAAAAAUGAUACGCCAAGAGCUGAGGGGAUGGUCACUGAAAAGCCAGCUAACACGCCACUUCCUCUGGGUGGAGACCGCCAGCCAGCACCCUCAGAAAAGUUGGUAAACCUCAGCCUCCCAGAACUUCCAAACACGACUCCAACACAGAGUUCUGAACUGGUCCUGACUGAAGAAGAUGCAACAAGUCUGAUUGCUGAGGGGUUUUUGCUGAACGCCUCCAAUUACAAGCAGCUCUCAACAGGCCACAGCACCGCAUACUGGAUUGUUGGUAACUGGAGUGAGUGCUCCAGGAACUGCAGUGGGGGCUUCCAGAUGCGGGAGAUUCAGUGUGUGGACAGCCGGGACCACCGGAGCCUGAGGCCGUUUCACUGCCAGUUCCUGGCCGGCGUUCCUCCCCCGCUGAGCAUGAGCUGUAACAUGGAACCCUGCGAGGAGUGGCGGGUGGAGCCCUGGAGCCAGUGUUCCAGGUCCUGUGGAGGCGGAGUUCAGGAGAGAGGAGUGACUUGUCCGAGAGGCCUCUGCGAUUGGGCAAAAAGGCCCACAUCUACUGCACCCUGCAACAGGCAUCCUUGUUGUCACUGGGCCACUGGAAACUGGGACCUGUGCACCGCUUCCUGUGGAGGUGGCUUUCAGAAGAGGACGGUCUAUUGUGUCUCCUCUGAGGACAAUAAAACUGAAGACCAGGACCAAUGCCUGUGUGAUCAUGAACCCAGACCUCUGGAAUUCCAAAACUGCAACCAGCAGGCCUGCAAGAAGAGUACUGAUGUGCUUUGCACCAAGGACAACUUAUCAGCCAGUUUCUGCCAGACACUGAAAACCAUGAAGAAAUGUUCCGUGCCCACCGUGCGGGCUCAGUGCUGCCUUUCAUGCUCCCAGACACACGUCGUCCACACCCGAAGGCCUUUGAGAAAGCCACAGUCACUCAAAAACCCUAAAGCAUUCUAAAUCCAGGAGAAAGCCACCUGCCACCAUAGACUGCUGCAGCCUACUGACAGUGACCUGUUCUAGCCCCAGGGACCACUUCGUGGAGAUUUUAUUCUGUGCAUUUCAGGUCCAACUUUGGGUCAUAACAAAACAAAAUCCACUGUGUUUCAUUGGCCAGAAAAUGUCCCUCACAGGAGGCGUGGGACUGUAACACUUGCUGUUCCCUGAUGGGCAGGUGAGAUACCCAGGAGAAUUAGGCAUCUCCUGGGUCUAGCUCCUAGGAAAGGUGCCAGACUAGGCAAGUCUAUGAAAUGAUGUCUCCCCCUACCCAAAGAGAAAAACAAAGAGACCAGAUUUUUCCCAUACUACCUCAAAAGUAUCAAGAAACAAAGCCACACUUAUUCAGGAAACAAAGAAUCUUGUUAACUGACCUUGGGAGAAUCAUUCUUUUUUUUCUCUCUCUCUGCCACUCUGUUCAGGGCAGCUGCUGUUUAAAAUGUCAUGGGUGAACUUUUAGGAACAUUCCUUUAAUUCAUUCAGACAGAGGACCACUUUCUUCACCUACUAUUCAACUAGGGAAGAAGAGAAAGUGCUGGCUACAUCUGUCAGUCUGUCCCUAAUCCCUGUAGAGUGGACCUUUGGGCUCUUCAGACUCCCAUGCCCACCUAGACACACUAGAAUAAGAGGAAACAGGCAGAAACUAAGAUUUAGUAAACCUAAGGGAUUUAGGUUAGUUACACAGAAGACACUUCUGACCCAAGGAUAAUUUGCAUGAACUCUCUUAAAAAGCAAAUGAACAGAAGUCAAUUUCUUGCUAGUACAGUUGACCCUUGGACAACACAGGUUUGAACUGCAUGGGUCCACUUACACGCAGAUGUUUUCAAUUAACAGCUUUACUGUUUUCCAUCCACAGUUGGGAGUCUGUGGAUAUGGAGGGCUGGCUAUGUGCAUUGAUCUACGCCAUUUUAUAUAGGGGACUUGAGCAUCCACGCAUUUUGGUAUCUGUUGGCGGGGGUUCUGGAACUAAUACCCCAUGGAUACCAUGGGACAAUUUACAUUUGGGGGAGUCAAAAGUUAUAUGUGGAUUUUUAACUGUAUGGGGUUCGGCACCCCAACCCCUGCGUUGUUCAAGGGGCAACUAUAAAAGAAAGGGAACAUGGGCCUUUAUUCUGCCCAUUCCUUUGCAAAAAAGCAAAUGAGUCUUCCUGUCUGACUUUCCCUCAGCAUAGUCCCUGCCUGAGUCAUCAAUCAGCUCAGGUUGGAAAAUGGUGUUCCUGAGGAAAUAUUCCAAAGAAGGAGGUAAACUGAUUUAAGUACAAGAACUUAGUACAAAUUUCUAGCCUGGAAGAAAAAAAAAAACUUCUCAAAAGUGGGGUAAAGAUGACCUAUGUAAAGUGCACCUAGUAGUUACUUUUGAGGGUCUUUUACCCGCAGGGAGCAGGCCAGGCAGGAGGAGUCCAAAAAAUUGAAAUAAAAGAUUUGUUCUAAAUCUUCCCACCACC